UAGUUCUCCUUUUUUUUUCUAGAUCGUAAUUCUUCGCAUGUAUUGGGAUAUUCGGUAACGCUCCGAAUCAGUGAAACGAACGUAUGAAGAAACAUUUGCAAUGAUGCGGAGAGAGUGCUUGAGCGUUAGUUUUCUAGUUAUUCGCGUUCUUUUUAUUCGUAUUUGCUGUUCGAAUCGUUAAAAGAAUGAGUGAAACAUGGACAAUGGUCGCGUGGAGCAAUAUACUUCUUUGUUAUGCUCACUCCAUUUUGACGGCUUCCCAUGUUUUCUUGAUAAAUUGUAAGGUGCUACUGUACCUAAACUGAUUUUGUAUUCGAAGGACAAUAAAUGGCUCAUUGAACACCUGAUAUAGUAUUUGCAUUAUCAUUCCUUGAGUUUAUGAUAUCUAGUUAUCCUGAUCAUGCAGUUGAAAGGUUUGUACGAUGAGCGCGACAGUUGGUCGUCUUCUGCUUCCUGGCAAAGUAGUUUUCGUCACAGGUGCUGGAAGUGGCCUCGGACGAGCUAUUUGUAAAUGUUUUGCUCAAGAAGGAGCGACAGUCAUCGGAGGAGAUGUGAACAAGACCGCAGUUGAUGAAGUUAUUUCAUCAUUAAGAGGAAUGGACAAUGGCAAGCAUUUGAGUGUUGCAGUGGAUGUCAGUUCGUCAGAAGAUGUACAAUCUGCGUUGAAUCGCACAAUGGAGGCGUUUUCCAAACCUGCCGAUGCUGUGGUCAAUUCUGCCGGGAUCACACGCGAUAACCUUCUAUUCCAGAUGUCAGAAGAAGAUUUUGACAAGGUUCUCUCUGUGAAUUUGAAGGGAACUUUCCUCGUGAAUAAAAUCUUCGGCGAAGCAAUGGUGUGGCACGGAAUUCAAGGAUCAAUCGUCAAUAUAUCAAGCAUUGUCGCCAAGAAUGGGAAUAUUGGGCAAAGUAAUUAUGCAGCAUCCAAAGCUGGCGUUUUGGCACUUUCGUCGACUGUUGCCAAAGAGCUUGCGAGGCAUGGCAUCAGAGUGAACUCGAUAAUACCUGGUUUCAUCGAUACUCCGAUGACCGAAGCUGUUCCUGACAAAGUCAAGGACCGUAUCAUUCCAGCCAUACCAUUGCGUAGAUUUGGCAGACCGGAAGAAAUUGCGGAAGUUGCGGCUUUUCUUGCAUCGGACCGUAGCAGUUACAUGACUGGUGCUGCAGUUGAUGUUACCGGAGGACUAAAUUUAUAAAAAUGUGUGUGAUAAUCUUGUGCCUUGCCUCAAAUUGCUGUGGGAAAUACUAUAUUUAGGGAAAUAUUGAUUUUGUUACGUCCUCCAUCGGCUUGAACUGAGAUCAGGAGCUUGUUCUUCCAAUAAAUAUAUUCAAAGGAGCAAAUAA